GGUGCCAGGUGCCAAAUGCACUCAUAUCCGACCCCCCUCCUUUACUCCCCCACAGCCGUGCAGAGGGGCCGCAUCCCCCCCACCCACUCCAGCGCCAGCCCCACAGCCAUGCCCAGCGGGGAGUACUUCAACGGGCAGCCCGUAUCCGAGCUCAUCUCACAGCUGCUGCGGGCUGAGCCCUACCCUGCCGCCCGCUACGGCUCUCAGUACGCGCAGCAGGGCAGCGUGAUGGGCAUCGACAACAUCUGCGAGUUGGCCGCCCGCCUGCUCUUCAGCACGGUGGAGUGGGCACGCAACAUCCCCUUCUUCCCCGAGCUGCCCGUCUCAGACCAGGUGGCUUUGCUGCGGCUCAGUUGGAGCGAGCUCUUCGUGCUCAACGCGGCGCAGUCGGCGCUGCCGCUGCACAUGGCCCCGCUGCUGGCAGCUGCUGGCUUCCACGCCUCCCCCAUGUCGGCCGACCGCGUUGUCUCCUUCAUGGACCAGAUCCGCAUCUUCCAGGAUCAGGUGGAGAAGCUCAACCGGCUGCAGGUGGACUCAGCUGAGUACAGCUGCCUCAAAGCCAUCGCGCUCUUCACGCCGGACGCCUGCGGCCUGUCGGACCCGGCACACGUGGAGGGGCUGCAGGAGAAGGCUCAGGUGGCACUGACGGAGUACGUGCGCUCUCAGUACCCAUCGCAGCCGCAGCGCUUCGGGAGGCUCCUGCUGCGCCUGCCUGCCCUGCGUGCCGUGCCUGCAGCCCUCAUCUCACAGCUCUUCUUCAUGCGCCUGGUGGGGAAGACGCCCAUCGAAACACUAAUCAGGGACAUGCUGCUGUCUGGGAGCACCUUCAACUGGCCCUACGGGACGGGGCAGUAGGGAUGGCGAUGCUCCCUGGGGACACACUGCGAUGCCAGCCCUCCCCAGAUGCUGCCCUGCGGUGCUGCGGUGCCACCCGGGGGAGUCAGAACUGUGCCAAGAGAAGGGGAACCCUGAGAGCUGCAUGGCCACAACCCCGUGCUCCGGAACCCAAAGGUACCACUCCUCACUGCAGGUGGAUGUUGGACUUUUCCUAGACCCCAUCACGCAGCCCCGGCAGCGGUCCUGGCUCUGGGAAGGGGCUCUGGGACCCCCACCCGAAUUGCAGACGUCGGGGUGGAGGUGAUGGAGCACACAGAUGGGAGGCUCUGAAAAGCCCCUUUGUACCCUCCCAGGACAGACCUAUCCUCCAGGACUGAAGCACCAACCCGGGAGCAGAGGAAUGCUCACCCCUCUCCCUGGGGGGCACAGGGUGGUGUUGGGGAGGAUGGGGAAGAUGGGAUGGGGUCACAGAGCACCGUGCACAGGUGGGUGCAACGAAAGGAGUCUUUGGGUGCACGGCACCCAGCCCGGCCCCUGUGGCUCACUCCAUCCCCACUGCCUGCUUGGUGCUUGGCUCCCCCCACAGAUUUGGGGUUGGGGGAUGGAUGUGAGCAUCCUCCCACUACGCUCUGUUCUCAUGCUUCAUUUCUAAGUCAGGACCCCGUGAGAGGGAUGCAGGUGGUGGGGGGAACCAAAAAUCCAGG